GGAACUAACGACGGUGUCGGACAUUACUAUCUGUGGAACGAAACUGUGGUUCUGUUUACACUGGAAAAAUUGACAGUCUUCGAGGAUGUACGCGAAGGGGAAGGGGUCCACGGUACCCUCUGAUUCUCAAGCAAGAGAAAAGUUAGCCUUAUAUGUGUAUGAGUAUUUAUUGCACGUUGGAGCACAGAAAGCAGCACAGACAUUUUUAUCAGAGAUACGAUGGGAAAAAAAUAUUACUCUUGGAGAACCACCUGGAUUUUUACAUUCUUGGUGGUGUGUAUUCUGGGAUCUGUAUUCAGCAGCACCAGAGCGACGGGAUUCCUGUGAACAUAGCAGUGAAGCCAAAGCAUUUCAUGAUUAUGGUUUUGUAAACAGUGGUUAUGGUGUUAAUGGCAUUGCUCAUAAUGCUGGUCCAGCACCUUCUCCUAUAGGACAAAUGCCUCCCAAUGAUGGAAUGCCUGGUGGUCCAAUGCCUCCUGCUUUCUUUCCAAACAACUCGACAAUGCGACCAUCUCCGCCCACACACCCCUCAUCACAGCCAUCCCCCCAGCACCCCCAGCCACCCCCGCCCCCACACUCGCAGAUGAUGUCCACUCAGUUUAUGGGUCCUCGAUAUCCUGCUGGACCAAGACCUGGUGUACGUAUGCCACAAAUGGGAAAUGAUUUUAAUGGGCCUCCUGGACAACCAAUGAUGCCAAAUAGUAUGGAUCCAACAAGGCAAGGCGAAGCUGGAGAAUUUGUAGGGUGGCAAGCUCCUCCAGGAAUGAAUCCCAUGAAUCCAAGAAUGAAUCCUCCACGAGGACCAGGAAUGGGUCCAAUGGGACCAGGAAGUUACGGACCUGGAAUGAGAGGACCACCUCCUAAUAGUAGUUUAGGUCCUGGAGGCCCUGGAGGUCCUGGUAUGCCACCAAUGAGUAUGGCUGGACCAGGUGGUAGACAACAGUGGCAACCUAAUACAUCUACGCCAAUGAAUUAUUCAUCAUCAUCUCCGGGUAAUUAUGGAGGACCACCUGGUUCAACAGGCCCUCCUGGUCCAGGUACACCAAUUAUGCCCAGUCCACAAGAUAGUAGUAAUAGCGGUGGUGAAAAUAUGUACACCAUGAUGAAACCUGUACCUGGAGGAAAUAUGCCCGGAGAUUUUCCAAUGAGUGGUGGACCAGAAGGUGGUCCAAUGGGUCCUAUGGGUCCAAAUACAAUGGGUCCUGUUCUAAAUGGCGAUGGCCUUGAUGGAAUGAAAAACAGUCCAGCUAAUGGUGGUCCUGGGACACCACGAGAAGAUAGUGGAAGUGGAAUGGGUGACUAUAAUCUGGGUGGUUUUGGAGGUCCUGGAGAAAAUGAUCAGACUGAGUCAGCGGCCAUACUCAAGAUCAAGGAGAGCAUGCAGGAAGAGGCGAAGAGGUUUGAAAAGGAUUCAGAUCAUCCUGAUUAUUACAUACAAUAACUUUUCACGAGUCGUUGGGCCCUGAGACCAAACUAAUGUUUUAAGAAAAACAGAUCACAAAAUCAAUCCCCCUCUUUCUCUCUCUCUCUCUCUCUCUCUUUCUCUCCUUAAAUCCGAAAAUCUCCUCAUUGCACUUGUAUUUCUGUAAUCUCAUUCCUAUCAUUAAUCCAUCCUCUUUCAACAUUAAAAAAUAUGUGCAAAGAUAGAGGAAAAUUUUUUUUUAAAGUGCAAGGAAAGAGAAGGUUAAGCUCCUUAAAAAAAAUGCACAAGAAUAAUGUAGAAAUUGAAGAAGUUUUUACUCCCUUGCAAAGUGAUGGGGUUACGUCCCAUGAUUUCUUCAUCCUCUUCGGGUAACGAAAAGGACAUAACCAUUUAAAAUAAGAAUUACCGAAUUUUCAGAAAAUACUUUUGCAAAAUUUUUCGUAAUUUUGCGUUGACGUACAUUCUUAGAAAUGGUAUAUACGAUUAUCUCGAAUCAUCGUCGAUCGGUGAUAUUUGCUUUGCAAAUGGACUCGAAAUGUUUCCUUCGAGUGACAUCUAGUAUCGCUUAAAGGAAAUAAUUAAGAUUUUAAUAUGUAGAAAAAUAUGUUGUAGUUAAAAAAAAAAUUGUGCAUAAAUUUGAUAUGAUAUAUAUAUAUAUAUAAAUUACGUUUCAAUUUUUAUUUCAAAUUUGUAAUCAAAUAUUUUUAAUUUUAAGUAAUUAAUCAUUUAUUAUUAUUAUUAUUAUUAUUAUUAUUAUUAUUAUUAUUAUUAUUAAUUAAUCAUUUAAAAUAUUGAGAAUUUGAUAUUAUAUUGAAGAAUUCGCGCGAAUGCUCAUUAUUGUCAUACGUACAUGCUAAGUUGUCAUAUUUCUUUUCACCAUUGAACGAUAAUUAUCCUUGUAUACUCUUAUAUAACCUCUCGUCUUCUACUCUCUUAGAAAUCUUGAUUUUCUUUUCUAAAAUAAAAGACAAAAUAGUAAUAAAACAAUGCUUUCUUGUUUGCACUAAAUUAGAAGAAAAUUUUAUAUUAUUUUUAUACACUUUGAAAUAUAAUUUAAAUAAUAUAUAUAAUGUUUUUGUAAAUGAGAGUAGCAGUCGUAUUUCUUCCUUUUCUGUCUACCUUCUUUUGUGAACUAUUCGAUUUUAAAUAUUUUCAUAGAUCAUAUACUUGUGUAACGUUUCUGUAUCGGUUCUCUCGGUCGUCCUUUAAUCGUGCACGGCGAAUAGUUUCAAAUAUGUGUAAAAUUAAUAAAAAAAAAAAGUAAUAAUAAUAACUGUGAUAAGAUGAUAAAAAUAUACUUCCAAUACGGUAAAUUUAUUAUUUUAAGAAAAGAGCAAUAAUCAAUUAUAAUACACAGAUUCAAUGUACACUCGAAAGAACAUCGCUUUUGUGCAUGUAUACGUAUUACUUAGUAUAUAUACAUGUAUUUUCAAGAGAAACAAUUUUAUUAAACAAAACAAAACAUGCUCUAUUGAUUCCAAAUAAUGUUAAUAAAAAUAUCGAUUUUAUUAUGUAUCGACGAAAUGAGAUUUUCGAUGUUUCCAUUAAAACGAUCGAAACUUUUCGCAUGCGCCCUUCAUGAAAUAAUUAUCGAAACGAGAUCGAUCGAUUUGUAAAUAAUUUCAGUAUUAUAUUUUAAAAAUAAAAUUUAUUAUUUCGAAACUGAAUCUUUCUUCUUUUUUCUUUGAAAAUUUCAACAUCAUGUGCUUUGAAGGAAUCAAGGAAUGUAUGUAUAUUGAAAAUAUUUAUAUAUAUUUUCACAGAGGCAUAAAUUUUUUUCAACACGAAUAUUUCGAUCGCACGAAAUCGAUCGGUCUUGCGCAAGAUUGUACGUCAGCGCAGUGAUUUGCGAGCAUUGGUAAUAUAAUAGCUGUACUUGUCAUUGUGGCAUCAUUCUACAGUCAAUCUGUCGGCUAUUCCUUCCGAGAAAAAAGCAUCAAUAUCUUCCAUGAAGUUAUGAUACAUAUACCCGAGAAGAUCCACGAGAACGCAACGCCUACAUAUGUGCUUUUUUCUGUCAAUACAAAGAAUGCGAUUUUAAAGGGGUCCCGAUAGAUGCCGGUGUUAGAGUGGUCAAUGGUAUCGAUAUUAUCGUGUGGGACAAGACAAAGAAAAAGUGGGUUCUUAAUUUAUUUACAAGAGGGAGUAAGGAACGAGGUAUAUUACGUAUAUCAAUCGUUCAAUGUUGUGUAUAGUGCAUAGUGGAAAACAUACGAGAACACGUGAUAUCACAUCGAAUAAUAAAAAAGUAAAUCAAAAUAAUAUUGCAUGAUUCGAUCGAUCGAUAACGUUGUUCACUUCAGUACAUUUGCGUUUAAAAAGGACUUCACGGGCAUUGUUAAUAUUCAAAGACGUUGCAAUCUCGAUUGUGUUGUAUACAGUGGAUCAGUUUUUAUUUAACUAGAGAAGCGCACAGUACUGAAAGGCUGCAAUAAAAUUAUUUCAAAAAGAAAUCGGACACUUGGUUACUAGGGAAUUCGCGAGAGUUCACUUUUAUUAUUAUUUGUGUCCGAAGGAAGGGAACCUGACGAAAACGGUUCUUAAGAACAUAUUAUUAUAUCUCCCCCUAGGAUUUAAUCCGUUGUGGUGGGAAUCCGGCCAGUGUGCGUUGAUAGUACACAUUAAACGAAUUUUCAUUCGAGACGAUCGUCAUUUAUCGAUUAAAGAUAAAAAGACAAGUUUAUGCAUAACUGCCAGUGUUAAAAGAAUCUUAUUCUCUUUUUAUUCCUGUACAUUCGAUUUCUUUAUUUUAAAUUUUUUCAAUAUUUCACAAUAACGUCAAAUUGAAUUGAAACAGGUAUAUCAUUUGAUAUAAAGGAGUUCAUUUUUUGGUCGCGUGCAGUUGGUAUCAAGUAUGUGUUUUUUAGGAAGCAGUACACGCGGAUAUGGAUCUGCGUUAAAGCGACUAAUUACACAACAGAUAAAUAUGAAUGUAACUAAAUAACAAGUUGAAACAAGAUUAUUACCUUGUUGUUUGAAAUCUGAUUCUUGUCUGAUGAAAUAAUUCUGAUCGUUGUAGAAUCACGAUAAAAUGCGAACAUACCUCGUCCAAAAGAUAAUGAAAAUUCAUUAAUCUAUAUAAGUUUUACAUUUAUUUUUCUGAUUAGUGCCUCGGAUCUGGGAAUGGCGGCGUGUAUAUACACUCUUGUGUAUACUAUUUCGGCGCAAUUAAAUGUAAAUGUAUAAGUUGUAUAAAAUAUUGAGUGCAAUUCGGAUUAAAAAUAACCUAUACAGUAGAAUACGGUAUUCCUGCUAAUUAUGUGAAACGUCAAAAAAAAUGUUAACGUCCAUUUUUUAUCGUUAAGAAAUUUUUAAAUUCAGGUAAAUUAUGUUUAUUAUAUAUCUUGAUGAAAAAAUUUCAGAAUAAUGUUUUUCGGAAUAAUUAAACAAUUAAUGAUGAGAUAUCGUAAUGUCUUUACCCGAAUUUAAAGAUUGAUAGAAGCGUUCAAAUUUAAAUAUUUAGAUUAUAUUAAGAAGGUUUCACGUUUAUUUACAAUGUAUAUUUAAUUUUUUUGUAGGAAUCAUGUGUUCGCGAAAACUUAUACAUUCUUUGAUUUUUUUUUUUUUUUUUUUUUUUGUUUGAACUUCAAAGUGAUUUCAUCCAACAAAAUGGUAACAUUUUUUUAUUAAGUAGAUAAGUAUUUCGAUUAAAGAAUGUAAAAAGAAUGUAGAAGGAAUAUUGCGUUAAGAAUAGACCAAAAACUUUUAGACGAAAGCAGUACAUAGUUUGUAUUUGAUCGUCUUUAGCGCAUAAUUGAUUGUAAACAGAUUACGAAUUUAAUCGAUAUACUGAGGAUAAGGAUAAGAUAUUUGUAUAUUGUUUAAAACAUAUAGAGUUUAACUCUUGUGAUUAGAGAGGAAGUAUGAAGAAAAAAAAAGGGAAUGGUAUCUCAUGUACCUCAUAUUGUGCGUUAUAUGAUUUCGUAUAAGAUAAUUAGAAAUUCGUAAAAAAAUAUUAGAUUGGCAGGAAAACAGUGGUCGAGAAAUUUUUAAAUUGAUAUAUCGAAACGAAAAAAAAAAAAUGGAGAAUAUCCUAGUCGUGAUAAAAAAAGAUUGAUCGUGUGUAAAUUAUAAAAUCGAUCAAUAGUAAGAAAAAAUUAGGAUAUGAACAGAAAUGAAUAAGCCGCCAUUAUCCCCACUCCCCUUAAUGAAUAUUGCAUUAAGAAAUAAAAGCUUAAAUUUUGUUCUAUAAUUAUUUACCUAUAUGACGAUUGUAACACUGACACAGGUUGUACAUCUUGCGGCUGACCUCAAGUAUUCUUUAAAUUCACGCAUAAUUAUCGACAUAAUUAUAGAUACCUAUUAUGAAUAGCAUUCAAGUAGUAAGUAAUACCAAUAAAAUAAUGGAAUAAAUGUCUAUCCUACUAAA